UAGAAAAAGAUAAUAAAAAUAUGUUUUCCUAUUUACUAAAAUUUAGUAUACAUACUGCAUCCUUUGUAAUAUAUUACCCUAUUGUAUAAUGUAUAAAGCAUGAUCAUGUAAACAGGUCUGGACACUCAUAUAUCGAAAGCAUAAACGAAACCGUCCAUCUUUUGAAUCGAAAAAAUUUAAGAUGGAAGACAAGAAAGGUCUCAUUCUGCGACGUGCAGAGAUGAGUAGAGUAGCUUGGCCUUUAUCUGAACAUUCAUAGUAUCUAUAUGUGUAUAUGUAUAUAUGUAUCACGCAUGCGCAAAACGAGACCUUUUCUUGCUUUCCACUUGAUUUUUUGACUCAAAAGAUGGACAGUUUCGUCUAUGCUUUCGAUAUAUGAGUGUCCAGAUCUGUUUAUGUGAUCGUGGAUUGUAUCAUCAUUACAGGAGUGAAUCAUUUAGCAAAUAUUUUAAAAUAAAAAGUAUAAUGGAGAACUAUUUUGUUAACGCAAAAAUAAUAAAGGAACGUGAAAAAUUUCUCACAACCGGUUGUCCGAAGUUUGAUACGUUACUUCAAGGCGGUAUCACUACUCGCGGGAUUACACAAAUUUAUGGAGCUGCAAGUACAGGAAAAACACAAUUAGCUUUACAAUUAUGCCUGACAGUACAGUUACCUACAACAGAAGGUGGCUUUGCUGCUGGUGCAGUAUAUAUUUGUACUGAAUGUACAUUUCCCUCACGAAGAUUACAGGAAUUGAUACAAAAACUGGAAAUUACUAAAAAAUAUGGAAUAAAUGGUGACUCAGUAUUUGUAGAACAUAUAUCAACUAUUGAGGAACUGGAGAUAUGUUUGCUUCAUAGAAUUCCAAUAUUAAUGUCUGUACAAAAGAUAGGAUUAAUAAUUAUAGAUUCAAUUGCUGCUCCAUAUAGAGUAGAAGAUUGGAAAGAUGAAUCUAAUAAAAGAGGAAAAAGUUUGAGAACAAUUGGACAACAGUUACAUAAAUUAUGUAAAAAUGACAUUUGUGUAGUUUGCAUUAAUCAGGUAACAGCAAUUAUGCAUGGUAAUAUAUCUAGUGAUUAUUCGAGUGUACGACCGUCUUUGGGAAUAACUUGGUUAAGUAUGAUAACUAAUUCCAUACAGUUUUACAGAAUGGGUACUAUGAGAUAUGCUUGUGUUAAAUUGUCAUCAAAUUUAUCAGAAACAACUAUUUCAUUUGAAAUACAAGGAUAUGGGGUAAAAGCAAUAGAUUGAAUAAAACAAAUUGAAAUAAAA